AGUUGGGAGGCGGUAGUGGGAAGCAAGGGGUGGUGGUGGCAUGGUGUCAUCUUGUUUGGGCAAUUUAGACAAUCCACCCGACGAGUGAACCCACGGGGGCUGUUAAAGUCACGGGUCCUCAUUAUCAACCCACCAAAAACCCCCACCACCCAAUAAAUUACCACAGCACUCACCAUUCAACUAUAUAUAGCAUCGAAAUAGAGUACUAGAAAAAUCCAGAAGACCUUUGGGAAAACAAAAAACAUGAAACCCAACAUAUAUAUCAUUCUCACUAUUUUCUGCUUGCUAUCCGUUACUUUGAUGGCCAACAACCGCGGUGAUGGCGGCAGCAACGGCGACAAGAAGGUGGAGUCGCCGGAGUCGCCAAAGAGUGGCAGUGGGUCGGCCCACGGCCCUAAUUGGGACUACAGUUGGGGAUGGGGCUCAAGCCCGAGAUCUGGGUGGGGUUAUGGUUCUGGGUCAGGAAGGUCUCCAAACGGGUUUGGUAGGGGUUUCGGGUAUGGUUUUGGGUCUGGCUCUGGAUCGGGCUCUGGAUAUGGAUAUGGGACAGGCAGCGGUGGAGCUCGUGGAGGCGGAUAUGGUUCUGGGACCGGUUCUGGUGGUGCCGGGGGUGGUAGUGGUGGUGGAAGGGGCAGUCCGAGUGGAUAUGGCAACCGGUUGCCAUCGGUUAAUAAGGAUGGGAACAGCCAUGGCUGAAGAAACUAAUAUGAUGAUUUUAACUAUGUAGUGACUAGUCCAUGUAGUAUAUAAGGUGUAUUGGCAGUAUCUAUGUUUUUCCUACAUAUAUACAUAUAAGGUAGGGUACUACUGUACUGGCUUGUAUUAGUACGUUACUAAUAGGAAAUAUAAGAGUUUCCUCUUCUAUUAAA